AUGCCAACCGCAGAACGACGUCCGCCGGGAAUCCCCGAGUUGCUGGCCCCCGCCGGCAACUUCGAGUGUGUCCGCGCCGCGGUCGAGAACGGCGCCGACGCGGUCUAUUUCGGCCUCCAGAACGGCUUCAACGCCCGGGCCCGGGCCGACAACCACGCUCUAAACGACCUCGGCGAGACCAUGGCCUUCCUCCGCCGCCGCGGGGUAAAGGGCUACGUCACGCUCAACACGCUGAUCUUCAGCGACGAGUUGCCGGCCAUCGAAGGGGCCGUUAUCGCCAUCGCCGAGGCCGGGGUCGACGCCGUUCUCGUGCAGGACUUGGGCCUCGUGCGGCUCGUACGCGCCGUCUGCCCGGACCUGCCGGUCCAUGCCUCCACCCAGAUGACGCUGACCAGCGCCGAGACCGUCCGCGCGGCCGAGCGACUCGGCGUCGAGCGCGUCGUCUUGGCACGUGAGCUGUCGCUCGCCGAAGUUCGCAAGAUCCGCGAUCGGACGUCGGUCGAGAUCGAGACCUUCGUUCACGGCGCGCUGUGCGUCGCCUACUCGGGCCAGUGCCUCACGAGCGAGUCCCUCGGCGGUCGCAGCGCCAACCGCGGGCAGUGCGCCCAGGCCUGCCGGCUGCCGUACGAGCUCGUUUGCGAUGGCAAGGAUGUCGAACUCGGCGCGCAGAAGUAUCUGCUUAGUCCCCAAGACUUGGCGGCGUUCGAACUCGUUCCCGAGUUGAUCGACGCGGGCGUCGGCUGUUUGAAGAUCGAGGGACGCCUGAAGACGCCCGAGUACGUCGCCAACAUCACCCGUCACUAUCGCCGCGCAAUUGACGCAGCCGCCGCGGGUCGCGCCGUCUCGUUUUCGCAACGCGACGUGACCGAGAUGGAGCUUUCCUUCUCCCGGGGCUUCUCGCCCGGCUGGCUGCACGGCUGCGAUCACAAGCAACUCGUCCCCGCCACGAGCUCGGCGAAGCGCGGCGUGCGCAUCGGCGAGGUGAUCGACAUGCGGCGCGAUCGGGUCAUGGUGCGGCUCUCGAACCCGCUGGCGGCGGGCGACGGCGUCGUCUUCGACGGCGACCGCCUCACCGGCGCCGAGCAGGGGGGCCGCGUCUACACGAUUCACCUCGACGGCGAAUGGAUCACGGGAGAAGCUUCGCCGGGCGAAGUCGAGCUGGCGUUCGGCCACGGCGCGAUCGACCUCGAUUCGCUCUACCCAGGACAAACGCUCUGGAAAACCGACGACCCCAAGCUCAACGCCGCGCUGCGCAAGACAUACACCGGCGCCGAUCCCCUCCGUCGCCAGCCGAUCGAUGUGGAAGUGGAAGCCAAGGCGGGCGAACCCCUCCUUGUGACGGCAACGGCAUUGCGAGGUACCCAAGUCCGGGUGGCGUCGGCACAGCCUUUGGAAGUAGCCCAGCGUCACCCAGCGAGCGAAGCGAUGCUCGCCGAGCAACUCGGGCGUCUCGGCGGAUCGGACUACGAACUGCGUCAGCUCACGGCGUCGAUCGAAGGCGGUCCGAUGGUCCCGCUGAGCGUUCUCGGUCAACUGCGGCACGAAUUGAUCGCAAGACUCGACGAGGCCCUCUCCGCGCCGCCGGCGCGGCGGAUCGAUCUUCAUGCGGCCCGUGCGCUGAUGCCAGAGCGCGUCGAAUCGCAAGCCGCCGGUGAACCUCAACUGCGGGUGUUGGUGCGUUCGUUGCGGCAACUCGGCGCCGUGCUCGCAGCCAGCGAAACGCGUCUGGCCGCCGACUUCGCCGACAUCCGCGAAUACGGCGAAGCGGUCCGAGUCGCCCGCGACGCCGGCGCCGAACUCUUGCUGGCAACGCCGCGCAUCCAGAAGCCCGGCGAAGCGGGCGUCUUCCUGGCGAUGCGUAAGCAACAGCCCGAUGGCUUUCUGGUGCGUAAUCUAGCCGGCGUUGAUUUCUGCCGCGAGCACGGCUUGCGGUUCGUUUGCGACUUCUCACUCAACGCCGCCAACCCGAUCACCGCGGCCUACUUGAAAGAACUCGGCGCCGAAUGCGUCACCGCUUCGUACGACCUCAACCGCGAACAACUCCUCGACCUCGCCGCGCAAACGCCGCCCGAGUGGCUCGAGGUGGUCGUCCAUCAGCAUAUGCCGAUGUUCCACAUGGAGCAUUGCGUCUUCUGCUCGCUGCUGUCGCCGGGGACGAACAAGACCAACUGCGGCAGGCCCUGCGAUCGGCACGACGUGAAGCUCCGCGACCGCACCGGCGCGCUGCACCGCCUCACCGCCGACGUCGGCUGUCGCAACACGCUCUUCAACGCUGUGCCACAGUCGGCGGCCGAAGCCAUUCCUUCGCUGUUGGCGACCGGCAUCCGCUCGUUCCGCGUCGAGUUCCUCGAAGACGAGGACGCCAUCGCCGACACGCUGCGUGUGUACCGCGAUUUGCUCGCCGGACGUAUCUCUGGCAAAGACGUCUGGCGCCGCUUGAAGGCGACGCUGCUGACGGUCGCCGUCGCCGCGAUGUUCGGCGUUUUCGGCGGCCUGGGCUUCUUCACGUUCGGUUACGGCGAGGGGUACGCCUAUCUCGGCAACGACCCCGCCAGCUGCGCCAACUGCCACGUGAUGCAAGAGUUCUACGACUCGUGGCUUAAAUCGAGUCACCACAACGUCGCCGUCUGCAACGAUUGCCACACGCCGCACGACAGCAUCGUCGCCAAGUACCUCACCAAGGCCGACAACGGCUUCUUCCACUCGCUGGCGUUCACGACCGGCGACUUCAAGGACCCGAUCCAGAUCAAAGCCCGAAACAGCCGCGUCGUGCAGCACGCCUGCCUCGACUGCCAUAAGAAUCUCGUCAACCACCUGCUCCCAACCGAAGACGGGGGCGACAUGAUCUCUUGCGUCCAUUGCCACGCCAGCGUGGGCCACUCACAAACCGUGGCGCCGCGCCGUUACGGCGGCGUCGGCCUGUUGCUGCUCGCGUUCCUCGUCGCCGCGAUCGGCACGGCCCUCGUGGCGUGGGUGCUGGUGACGAUGUUCGGCCACAAGCAAGAGGCGCGAACGCCUUACGUGCGUGUGGUUGAACUCAACGAAGUGUCGGUCGAUCCCGAGCCCUGGGGCCUCAACUGGCCGCACCAGUUCGACGGCUGGAAGUCGACCGCCGGCGACAAGUUCUAUGGCGGCUCCAGCGCGAUGCCCGAGUCGAAACUCGAUAAGCAGCCUUGGCUCAAACGCCUCUACGCCGGUUACGCGUUCAGCAUCGACUACCGCGAAGCCCGCGGCCACGCCUACAUGCUUUACGACCAGGGCGUCACCGAGCGCGUCACCAAGAAGCCCCAGGCCGGCGCCUGCCUGCACUGCCACGGCUCGACCACGGUGCUGUACCGCCAGGUCGGCCUCGAAGCGAUGGGCGAGGACGCCGACGACGAGGCCCUCGCCGCCCACUUCAACAUGGAAGCCGUGCAGCGCGGCUUCGAGGAAGUCAGCACGAAGACGUACGGCGAAGUCCUCGACAUGCUCAAGGCCACGCCCGACGGCACGCCCGAAGAGAACGAGCCCGUCUUCCCGCCGGCGCCCGCCGGCGGCUUUACCGGCGAGAUCGCCGGACAACCCCUUCCCGAAGGAGACGCCCCCGUCCCACACAUCCCGAGCAUCGAGAAGUGGCGCCGCGGUGGCAAAGCGACUCCUUACGACCCUAACAAGGACGCGUCACGGCAAGAGUUGCGUUCGUUCGUCUGUGGCCAGUGCCACGUCGAAUACUACUGCGCAUCGAAGAUGACGCUCACAUUCCCGUGGAAGAACGGCCUCAAGAUGGAGGACGAGGAGCAGACUUGGGAAGAGACGACCUUCCCCGAUGGCAGCCCCUUCAUGGACUAUGCCCACGGUGAGACCGGCGCUCCCACCUUCAAGGUCCAGCACCCCGAGUUCGAGCUGUGGAGCCAGGGCGUCCACGCCCGCAACGGCGUCAGCUGCGCCGACUGCCACAUGCCUUACCAGCGAGUCGGCGCCGCGAAGGUCUCGAAUCACCACGUCCGUUCACCGCUCGAGAACCUCAACUCGGCAUGCCAGACGUGCCACCGCCAGAGCGAGGCAGAACUAGCCCAGCGGAUCGAGACGAUUCAAACCACCAAUCAAGCGCUGCUCGAACGCGCCGCCGGCGCGAUGACCGCUAUGCUCGACGCCAUCCUCGAAGCCAAAGCCUCCGGCGCCGAAGAGGAAGCCCUCGAAGAGGUCCUCAAGCUCCAACGCAAGGCCACUUGGCGGCUCGACUACGUCAGCAGCGAAAACUCGCGCGGCUUCCACGCCCCGCAAGAGGCGGCGAGGAUCCUCGCCGAGUCGAUCGACUACAGCCGUCAGGCCGAAGCCCUGGCGCUGCGGCUACGAGCCCCCGAGGCGCCGGACAUCGAAGGCGUUCCGAUCGAGCCGAUCCAAGGCGUGACGCCCACCGAGCCAAUCGUCAAGGAACCGGCCGGCAAACCCGAGACCGACGCCGUGUCGUUAAACGCUCCGCCUACAACCGAUGGCUAG